UGGCGCCGAGCGGGGCUGGCAGAUCCGCGGCCGAGCCCCACGAGUGCGCUCCGGGAACGCAGAGGCGAGGCCCGACACCCACCCCGCGAACCCCGAGCCGUCCGUCCAUCUGUCCGUCCGCAGGCGCCGAGAUGCCGCCGGCAACAAGCCGCCUCCCCAGGACGCCCCCCGGACAAGGGGCCGCGACGCCCCUGCUCCCUGCGCCGCCGCUGCUGCUGCUCCUGCUGCUGGCCUGCUGGGCGGGCGCCGGCCAAGGUGCUCCAAUUUUACCUCAAGGAUUACAGCCUGAGGAAGAGCUACAAUUGUGGAAUGAGAUAGAUGCUGCUUGUUCCUCUUUCCUGUCCAUUGGUUCUCAGCCUCAGGCAUCCAAUGCAUUGGCGGAGCUUUGCUUCACAAUUAUGGGGACUCUACCAAAGGCCCAGAAAACAGAUGAAAAAGUUAACAACAAAAGGUUCUUAUUUCAUUAUUCGAAGACAGGGAAGUUGGGCAACUCAAAUGUUGUGUCGUCUGUUGUGCAUCCGUUGCUGCAGCUCGUUCCUCAACUGCAUGAGAGAAGAAUGAAGAGGUUCAAAUCGGACGGAGAAUUUCAAGGUCCUAUUGCAAGUCAUAGCCGCAGAUAUUUUUUAUUCAGGCCACGCAAUGGAAGAAGAUCAGAAGGUUACAUUUAAAAUGAAUACCAACUAUUUUCCACAGAAGCAAUGCCAUGGAAUACAAAAUAUACUGAGAUUUUGUGUGUUUUCUUUUCUCAAAAGCAAUCCUUGCUAAGUUUAACAUGUUUGAGAAUAUCUGUGUUGUAAACAUUCUUGGUGGAGUUAUAAAUGUCUAAUUUGUUGAAAAUUAAAAGAGCAUCUUAAAAUAUUUUUUCUUAAGUGUUGUAAUGAUAAAUAGUGUACAAGAAAGCUGUAAAAUCAAAUUCCUUUGAUCCCUGCAGCUUUUGACAGUACUGAUACACAUGCCCUUCUGUUAUUUUUAUUAAAAGCACUCAAAGAAUUGA